GCCCAAUCCAGUCCCAGUGUGUAAAGCAAAGGGUGGGGACGGGUAUUUUUCUGACGAAGAACUUCGUGAUAUGACUCUAUGAUGAGAAAUUGGACAUCUUUGUUCUCUUUUAGAAGCAGCAGCACUUCCUGUCACUAAAAAGGACUUUCCUGUCAAUAGGGGUGAUGUCUGAGACACUUAGUCCCCGCUUAGAGCCUUCGUGGUUGGUGUGGCGAAAUUUGGUCCCGUUUGUCCGUAAUCCGUGUUUUCUUUUGGAAACGAGGCGGCGACGUGGGAGCAACAAAAACAACAACAGCAACAAAGCUAUUGCUUUUCUCUACAAGAUGGCUGAUAACCUUGGACCACUGUCUCAUGCUCGAAGCACGCAUUACACGGAAUGGCAACCUACCGCCGAGUUGAUGCAACCAUUGAUUGAAAUGGGAGUUUCAGAAAAUGCUGCUAAACGGGGCCUCUAUUACACUGGUGGUGUUUCAGUUGAUGCGGCUGCUUCUUGGGUGUUUGAAAAUAUGAAUGAUCCAGAGAUCCACUCUCCAUUUAAGGUUGAAUUGGACAUACCCCCUCCAAGUGACGAAAGUGGUCAGUCAGAUCCUUUAAAAAUGGUUUUUAUCGUCAACAACAGUUUGAAAAUGGGGGUAGGCAAAAUAGCUGCACAGGUAGCACACGCGGGGCUGGCGGUUCACAAGAAGCUACUGCUUGGAGAAACAAAACUACGACAUAUGGAAGAAGAAUGGGAAGAAAUGGGGUGUACGAAGAUAGUCGUAAAAGCUGAAUCUGCUUCUGAGCUUAUGGAAAUGGAACGCAAAGCAAAAGGACUGCACCUACCAUGUUAUCUUGUCGUCGAUGCCGGGAGAACACAGGUGCAUCCUUCCUCCGUAACUGUUCUUGGAAUUUUCGGAAAGGCUGAAGAUGUCAACAAAGUGACUGGCCAUCUUGCUUUGCUAUAGGUAUUGCUUCAAUUAACAGAGACUAGCUUCCUAUAACAGCCCCUAAUCAUCUCGGCUAACCCAGCGAGAGGGGCAUUUGCUUUUGUUUUUAUUCUUUCAUCGCAACUUGUGAAGACAGAUAGCCAUUUUGUUUUGGAUUUAUCAAUAUUUUAUUCGAAACCACGAAAAUUGUUGCAUCUAAUGGCAUUUGCACAAAGUACUUCAGGUCUGUCAACAAUAAACGUAAGGUUCAAAUGAAUCUGAAUCAUGCGACAGUUCUGGUAACAUUUUGGAUUUUUUGCAAGUGUCUAAAAUCUGGAUUUCUUUCGUGUGCCUUACUUUUCCAAGAUUAAUUUUAUCCAAAUACUUAUAACCUAUAGAAUUUAUGAUCUAAAAUGCUCGAGGUUUGUGUGAAAUUACAAUAACGAGCUAUUGACUUGUUACAAAAUGCUGAUACACCAGAUUGGUUAGGGCGUUUGUGACAGUUGAUUGCAUUUUUAUAUUGCAUUUUAGAUAGGUAUUUUGCUACAUGUGGAAUUAAAAAGUUGAAAGUUGGAAGGUUAGUUUGUCUGAAAAUUGAUGUUAUAGAUUAGGUAAUAGGCGAAUUACACCUAGUGAGAAAAUUAUUGUCUUAGAAAUAUCGGUUUUAGACAUGCCAAGAUAUAAAUUUCAUUUUUGCAUUCAAUUGUUGUUGGACUUUGUAAAUUUAAAGGGGAACACGUCGACUGCAACCUCGGGGGAUAAACAAAGCCUAAUUUUUGACGGGGACGUAUCAUUUUAGUUUAAAAUUUGGACCCAUAAUUCGGCAAA